AUGCUCAAGCGUGCCGUAGCCAAAGUCACUGGCGACUCUUCUGGCGAGAAUGGUCACUCGAAAGUGUCUCGCUCGCCUUCCACCGGUCAGGCCACACCCAACGCACCUCCCUCGGCCAAGUCUACCAUCAACUCAACCCAGAGCGCUGACCUUCCCGAUAAAAAAUUCCGCCUUUCGCACAUCUUCUCUGGCCACUCGCUUCCCGGUACACGUAGAUCCACCUCGCGCGCUGCCAGCCUCGAUGAGCCGCGUCCUAGCGCCGUCAAAAAGGCGCAGCGCAUCGAAGAAAAGGAGCGCAAGGCUAUAGAGCAGGAGAAGGUCAAGGAGAGGAUCGCUAUGGCUCGCAAGUACUCGGAUCUUCGCGCUGCACAGAUUGAAACUCCAGAACAGCGCGCUCGCUACGGCGAAGAGUAUCCCGUCGAUUGGAACAAACACCACGACCAGUGGGCUAACAUCUUCACCAUCUGCCACGAUGCACAGAUUGGCGACACCGUCACACUGCGCGCUCGCAUUCACACCAUCCGAGACGUCAGCUCCCACCUCGUCUUUAUCGUACUCCGCCAGCAGAUCUCCACCAUCCAAGCCGUGCUUGCCGAAGAGAACGACAACGUCACCGGUCACAUGGUUCGAUGGGCCAAGAGGCUGCCCCUCGAGUCGAUCGUCCUCGUUCGUGGAAAGCUCCAAAAACCGCGCGAGCCGAUCACGGGCACCACCACGCAGCAGGCCGAGAUCAAAGUGCAGCAGCUCUACCUCGUCACCUCACCUAAAGAGCCGCUUCCUUUCAACGUCUACGAUGCCGACCUCGUACUCAAGAAGAGCGACGAUGAUCACAGCGGCAGCGCAAGCGGUCAUGGCACCGAUUCCGAUGGUGAAGGUCCGCCUCGUGACGAAAACCACUCGAUCGAACGCCAUGAGGGUCCCGUCAUCACGCAGCGUGUUCGCCUCACCAAUCGUAUCAUUGAUUUGCGCACUCCCACCGCUCAGGCCAUCUUUCGCAUCAACGCCGCCAUCUGCAACAAUUUUCGCUCGCACCUCGACAAGAACCACUUUCUCGAGAUUCACACCCCCAAGCUGCAAGGCGGCGCUUCGGAGUCGGGUUCGAGCGUCUUUAUGCUCGACUACUUUGGUCGUCCCGCCUUCCUGGCCCAGAGUCCUCAGCUGUUCAAGCAGAUGUGCAUCGCGGCCGACUUCAAGCGUGUCUACGAGAUUGGCCCCGUCUUUCGUGCCGAAAACUCCAACACCGCUCGUCAUUUGACCGAAUACACUGGCCUGGACAUUGAAAUGGAGAUCGUCCACUACUAUGACGCCAUCCGCGUCAUUGACGGCAUGCUCAAGAGCAUCUUUGUUGCACUCAGGGACAACUUUAAGCCCGAGCGCGAGCUCAUCAAGCGACACUUUCCCCACGAAGACCUAGUCUAUCCCGAAGACACGCUCAUCCUCCCCUUUGCACAGGGUGUCCGUCUGCUCGUACAGUCGGGCUACGUCGAGGAAGACGGCAGCGUGCCCAAGGAGGACGAGGAUCUGCACACGCGUGCCGAAAUUCGUCUUGGAGAGCUGAUCAAGGAAAAGUACAACACUGACUACUACAUUCUCGACAAGUUUCCCUCCUCGGUCCGACCCUUCUACGCCAUGGAGGACAAGGAGGACUCCAAAGUGACCAAUUCGUUUGAUAUCUUUAUUCGUGGUCAGGAGAUCUGCACGGGUGGUCAGCGUAUCCACGACAUUGAAGAGCUCGAGCGCAAGAUGCACCGUCUCUCGAUCUCGUCCAAAGGAAUGCAAGAGUACCUCGAGGGCUUCCGCCUUGGUGCACCUCCGCAUGCAGGCUGCGGUAUCGGCCUGGAACGACUGGUGAUGCUUUAUCUCAACUUGGGCGACGUCCGUUACGGAACGCUCUUCCACCGUGACCCUCGUAGUCUGCCGCUGCAGAAGAACGACGUGGACGAACUGCGUCACCCCGAGGCUAGCACCAACCCACCACCUUGGAAGCAUCCACGACUAGCGCUCAAGGCCGACGCAGAAAGCGAGCUGCGUGAUCUGCAGCCCUUGGAGAAGCUCAUCGCCAACUACGGUGAUGCCUCCAACACGGCCUGGCUGGACGACCGCUACAAGGUGUGGCGACAUGCCGACACGGGUGCUGCUGUAGGCUACUCGCCGUUCAAGGGCUAUGCCAUGAUCAUUGGCGACCCGCUGUGCGACAAAACACAGCUAUCGCAGGUAAUCUCGGCUUUCCUGCAAUACAUCAAGAAGGAGGCCAAACUCAAGCCUAUUUGGAUGAUGGUGUGCGAAGAGGUCGAGGAGAUCCUGGGCGGACGGCUCAAUUGGUGCUCGCUUUCUUGUGCCGCGGAAGAGCGCGUGGAAGACCCAACGAAGAAUCCAGCUCGACACGACCCUGAUAUUCAGAAGAAGGUGCGCCACGCACGCAAGGAAGGUGUCAAGAUCCAAGAUUAUGCGCUCGCCGAAAACGUGCCGGACGAGGUGAUGCGCGAAACGGACGAGCGCAUCGAGGACUGGCGCAAGAACCGCAAGGGCGAGCAAGUGCACAUGACCGACGUGCACCCAUGGCGCGACAUGUCGCACCGCGUCUAUUACAUUGCGCGCGACUCUUCGAGCAAAGUUUGCGCCAUGGUGGUGCUGCACCAGCUCUCACCACAACAUGGGUGGCAAAUCAAGUGGGCGCUUGAUUUUCCCGGUGCGCCCAACGGCACCAUCGAACAUGUCAUUCUGCACGCGCUCGAGAACAAUGCCGGCAGCAAGAUGACAUUUGGCGCCUCUGCGACCUCCAAGCUGGUGGCCAAGCACGGUUUGAGCAAGGUCACAACAAAGUGGUUGACCAAGGCGUACAACUCGCUAGCUGAGCAUAACAAGCUCACCAACAAGGGCGAGUUCAGGCAGAAGCUCGGUGCGGUCGAAGACAGGGUGUACAUUUGCUACCCACGACAUGGCCUUUCGCCCGCCGGUAUUCAAGCGAUCAUUGGCUUCUUUAAGCAGUAG